GUCGUCGCGCGCGUCGCCCGUUCACUUCAAUUCAUUCAAUUCUACUACGUGAGUGCUUGCGAUUUCCGAUCACACUGCGAACAUGACAACCUACACAGACAAAGGACCAAAGCCGGAUGUCGGCCGAUUCGUCGCAUUUGACCACAUCUCUCUUUGGGUCGGCAAUGCACUGCAAGCUGCUACUUUUUACUGUGUGCGAAUGGGUUUUGAACCCUACGCCUACAGAGGCCUGCAAACCGGAAGCCGCCAAGUCUGUACCCAUGUGGUCAAGCAAGGAAAGAUCAUCUUUGCUUUUCAUUCACCAUUGAAUCCUACAGGGGACACUACCGAAGAAAUGGGAGAACACAUGAAACUACAUGGGGAUGGUGUAAAGGACAUUGCUUUUGAAGUAGAAGAUUUGCACGGUAUUGUUGAGACUGCUGUUAAGAGAGGGGCUAUUGUGUUGAGACAACCUUGGGAAGAAUCAGAUGAAAAUGGGACAGUGGCAUUUGCUCAGAUACAGACAUAUGGAGAGACCAUUCAUACGUUUCUUGAAAGGAAAGGAUAUUCUGGACUCUUUUUACCAGGAUACAAGAAACCGCUCUAUUCAGAUCCUCUCCUUGCCUCACUGCCAGCAGGAAAGUUGGCAUUCAUCGAUCAUGUAGUUGGAAAUCAGCCAGACAAUGAAAUGGUCAGCAUAGCAGACUGGUAUGAGAAGAAUCUGAUGUUCCACCGGUUCUGGUCUGUUGAUGACUCUCAGAUCCACACCCAGUAUAGCGCCCUCAGGUCAAUCGUGGUGACCAAUUAUGAGGAGACUAUUAAGAUGCCCAUCAAUGAGCCAGCUGAUGGAAAGAGGAAGAGCCAAAUCCAGGAAUACGUUGAUUACUACGGUACAGCGGGUGUACAGCACAUUGCCCUGAACACACCAAACAUCAUUGAUACCAUCAGUGCCCUCAAGGCAAGGGGGAUGCAGUUCCUAUCCAUCCCCGACAGCUACUACAAAAACCUGAGGGAAAGACUGAAGACAUCCAAAGUCAAGGUUACAGAAGAUCUUGAUGUGAUUCAGAAGCUCCAGAUCUUGAUCGAUUAUGAUGACAAUGGUUACCUGCUGCAGAUCUUCACCAAACCAGUCCAAGAUCGACCAACGCUCUUCCUGGAGGCCAUCCAACGAAAGAACCAUCAGGGAUUCGGCGCUGGAAACUUCAAAUCGUUGUUCGAGGCCAUAGAAAUGGACCAAGAGGAGAGAGGAAAUUUGCAUAAAUAAAUAGCGCCACCAACGUAUUCUACGAGAGACUACUCUUCUGUGUCAGUAAAUGAAGCUGCAUCCUUCUCAUCUUCUUUCUCAUUUUGUUCUUGCCCUGUUAGAUUUUCUCAUACAUUAUUCUGGACUUGUGUAUUACAACCUGUCCCUAAAGACUGCUUAAUGGAGAUACAAAUAUGUUGCUCAUAGAUAUUUGUUCUUUAUGAACAGGUUCCAAAGUAGUGCUUUAAUUUUCAAGGGAAACAGACAAUGUGAUCGUUAUUUGGGGUGAUGUUCUCAUAGCAAAGCAUUCCAUGUUAGAUAACCUCAUGUUAACCUGGAGCACACUUUUAGAGUGCUAGUUGUCAUCCCAUUUCCAAAUUAUGUAAAUUCUGCACUGAAAAAUUGUCGAACAGAAUACAGAUCUUGUUGCAAAAUGUGAGAUAAAAGAUGAUAUGAGGAUACAACAGAGUCAGUAACUUUUUUGAACAUUUGUCUAUUUCAUGAUAGCUGAAACCUAGUUUUUCAAAGAAGUUUUGACUAAAAUUGUCCGAUCUAGAGCUAAAUUGUAUUAUGAGAAUAUCACCCAUAGUCUGUAUGCUUUAUAGUUGUUUCAAGUGUAUACUAGUAUUUGAAGCCAUAUUUCUUUUUUCAUCUCUAGUAUCAUAUGUAAAUCAAACUCAUCUCUAUCCAUUUGCAGACAUUAGUGUUUCUUGACAAAGUAAUCAAUGAAACAUUGAAAAUUAAAGGUAAAUUGGUCUUUUGCAAGUACUGUAGUGAAUAACUCUUUGGCUUGUGGUGAAAAGAAAACAUCCAUGUGUGUUUAUUUUCUUUAUUGCAGAUUAUUCUCAGAAGCUGACAUGUUGGUGGACAAACAAUAAACAUUUGUGCAUUAAUAAAGCAUAGCUUUUAAUGGUCUAAUGCACAGGUUUCCUAUUGUUAUACCUAUCACUUUGACAUCAUCUUAGAAUGCUCUAUGUUUGUUGUGCCUUUACAUGCGAAUUAUUGAUCAAUGUCUGUCUUCUCUAACAAGAGCCUGUUAACCAAUUCUCCCAUAAAUGUAUCUAUCCGUAUUUACAUGCUAAAGUGAUUAAAUUAACUCUUAAUAUGCAUAUCAAUAUAAUAGUGAUUACUUAUUUGAAAUCACUUUUAUUAUUCAGAAAGCCUGUAUUCCACCAGUCAAUUUCAAUAUAUGGCAUUGUUCUGGAUAUCAUUUUUUGUGUAUUUUUUCAUGUGCAAAUAAUAUUUUAUUGAUAUUACUUUAUGGAGGCUGACUGUCUAAAUAUUCUUUAUCUUUGUUGCAAACAUUUCUCCACUCAUCUUUAAGAAGACAGAUUGUAAAUCAUGCUGACUGCAAUAAGGAAUAUGUAUAUUUUGAUAAAAUUAUGUUUGGUUCAAGUUCAAGAAUGCUACUUUAAAUAGCAAUUAUGUUGAUGAUGAUUUCGCACAAAAAGACAUGAAUAUAAUAUGGGAAUCUAAUUUAGUAGUGGUAGGUGAUAAAAUCACUUGUAUUUAGUUUUCUGUGUAUAGAAAGCAAAGACUUUGUCUAAACUGAGAGCUUGAUGACUUAAUAAUAAAGAAGAGAAGAAAAUUAAUAUGCAAUUGAAGUCUUAAUUAAGUCAUGAAACUAUUUGUGAUUCUUAUUUCUUCAAUGAUCUUUGAUACACCUGUGCUUGACUUCAUUACAGAUUCAUAUUUUAAAUUUUUAAAAGAAGAAACAGUAUUGAAUGAACCAAUUCUUAAUCGAUUUCAGUAUCACUUAUUGGUAAUAUUUGUGUUUUGUUUACCUCUCAUCAAGCAUUACCAUUUAAAGAUUCCUAACAGUUCAGAAACUUGAGUGAUUCAUGCUAGAUUAGAAGGAAAGGGAAGAUUCUGAUUGCAAUCACUCUGAUUUCUGCUCAUUUAGUUUCUAUUUUUCCUUAUCCAUGUUUUUAGUAUUUAUACAAUUUGUUGUAUUGACAAUCAAAUUUUCACUGGAAAUCAUUUGAGUGGCGAUAUAAAAUGUUUUUCUUUUUCUAGAGUAGUUGCACAUAAUUGUUUUUCUUUUGCUCUUGAUUUAGUGUGUGCAAAUUUGUCUUCAUCUGCAUUUACUUGCUGAUGUGGUUUUCAUUUAUCUUUUCAGAGCAAUAUGAUUGUAUAAAGUGCAGUUAUGUAUACUAUGAAUAUUGCAUAUUCAUUGACAUGGAUUUUCUGAAAUACAUGGAUCCUAAAAUAUGUUGGAUUGUUUUAUGAUAAAGUGUACAGUAUAUUAUAUUUUUGACCCAAGUGAGAUAACCCUUGUGCAGCUUCAUUAAAUGAAUCGGAAAUGA